AUGCUUUUCUUUUGCCUUUCUUUUCUUUCUUUUCUUUUGGCAGUAAGGUUAAUUUCUUAUGCUUUCUUUUGCCUUUCUUUUCUUUCUUUUCUUUUGGCAGUAAGGUUAAUUUCUUAUGCUUUCUUUUGCCUUUCUUUUCUUUCUUUUCUUUUGGCAGUAAGGUUAAUUUCUUAUGCUUUCUUUUGCCUUUCUUUUCUUUCUUUUCUUUUGGCAGUAAGGUUAAUUUCUUAUGCUUUUUUGCCUUUCUUUUCUUUCUUUUCUUUUGGCAGUAGUUUAAUUUCUUAUGCUUUUUUUUUGCCUUUCUUUUCUUUCUUUUUCUUUUGGUUAAUUUCUUAUGCUUUCUUUUGCCUUUCUUUUCUUUCUUUUCUUUUUGGCAGUGGGUUAAUUUCUUAUGCUUUCUUUUGCCUUUCUUUUCUUUCUUUUCUUUUGGCAGUAAGGUUAAUUUCUUAUGCUUUCUUUUGCCUUUCUUUUCUUUCUUUUCUUUUGGCAGUAAGGUUAAUUUCUUAUGCUUUCUUUUGCCUUUCUUUUCUUUCUAUUCUCUUGGCAGUAAGGUUAAUUUCUUAUGCAUUCUUUUGCCUUUCUUUUCUUUCUUUUCUUUUGGCAGUAAGGUUAAUUUCUUAUGCUUUCUUUUGCCUUUCUUUUCUUUCUAUUCUCUUGGCAGUAAGGUUAAUUUCUUAUAAUUUUUCUUUUUGCCUUUCUUUUCUUUCUUUUCUUUUGGCAGUAAGUUAA